AUGUCUGCCCCUAUCAAGACUCAGAACUGCCUUGUCCCCUAUGUGGAUCUUCAAACCGCCCCUCCGGAGGUGGCAGCGGCGAUAACCCAUCUCCCGUAUCGCCGCAACAUCUUUCACCUCCUGGGACACUCACAUGGAUCUUUCCCAAGGCUCAUGGGAGUCUACGCCAAUUUCUUCGACGGCAACCGGCGCAUUCUGCCGCUUCUCGACUGGCAGCUCGUUGUCCUGCGCAUCUCGGCUGUGCUGGACGCAGAGUACGAGUGGGACGUCAACGCUCCAGUGGCACGCAUCAACGGCAUGCCUGAAGAGAAAUUCGAGGCCCUCAAGCGCACCGCCGGCAAGGGUGUCGAUGCAUUGGCAAAAGAGACUGUCUUCACUGAGCGUGACCGGGCCAUUUUGCAACUCGUGGACGAGCAGCUUGCCACAUACAACAACACCGAGGAGACGGUUGAGAAAGCGAAGAAGCUGCUGACUGUGGAGGAGCUGGUCGAAGUCUACGUCGUGCUUGGUGUCUAUGUCCUCAUUGCGCGCAUCACCAAGGGUUUGCGCAUCGACUUGGAUGGUGAGAUUCCUGGAUUGGAGGAGCACUUGAACAAAGUUGUCACGGGAAAAUGA